AUGGCAGACACAGCACCAGCCCCAACACCGGCGCCCACGAACACCGGAGCUACGGCGCCUACAGCUGGCGCAACAGCAGGGGCACCGAAUGCGCCUGCGGAUCAGAAUGCCGCAAGUCGCGGGCUACCAUACUACGAGAAACUGCGCCGCGAGCUAAGGGACACACUACAGAAAAAGCGAUUAAUGGACAAGAGCAUGGCUCAACUCGAAGACCAAAUCUUCCGCUUCGAACAAUCAUACCUAGAAGAAACCACCGCUGGAAACAUCAUCAAGGGCUUCGAUAACUACAUCAAAGGUUCCGCGAACGGGUCGAGUCUCGGCGCCGCGGGACUGGGUCUGGGCGGCAGCAUGGCCGGGUCGAGACGAAAGGCGCAGGUGACGGAAUCGGAUCGAGUUUUCUCGCGGAGCUCGGCGAGUUACAUGCUGGAUUCCCCCGGUCCCUCCUCUGUACAAACAACGCCUUCGCACGCCGCAACGCCGACAUCUACGACUGGCGGAAACGGCAUGUCCAUGAAGAUCGACCCGAUGUCCGCCUCUGUUUCUGCUAACGGGAUGAAGAACUCGAAUGGCGCAUCGAAGAACAAGAAGAAGGCGACUGGCGGGUCGAAGAAUACGAAGGGCAAGAACCAGACCGAGGAUAUUUCUGACGAGGACAAGCCUUCUGUUAAGCGGUUGAAGAUCAGUUACGGGAGAGACUAA